ACUCUUUGGUUUUACUGCAGUAUGGUUAACCUAGUGUAAAAGGAUGGCAACACUCAACUUUUGUAAUGUCACCGAUGUCACACGUCAUGUCAUCAAAUUAUAUCGCGUCAAACUUUUGAAACUGCUUAAAAUUCAAUUCAAAGAAUAAAACCAUUCAGAACAUCUUAUAAUUCCAUAUGAAUAGUGCUAAAAUUUUAAAACCAUAAUAAAAUAAUUCUUGAUCUUCCACGGUUCAGUACCCCAAGUGUAAUUGAUACUGCUCGACACAGUUUUCGCAAAAAUGGCUGUAAAAGGCGACAGUAUUCCUGGUAAAAAGAGUGUACUCGUGGCGUACGUGCUCUGGCUGUUCGGUGGUAUAUUCGGGGUGCACCAUUUCUACCUACGACGGGACCGACAUGCGUUCGUGUGGUGGUCUACACUAGGAGGAUUUGGAGUGGGCUGGCUGGGCGAGGUCUUCAGGAUCCCUCGCUAUGUGCGAGACGCGAAUGAAGACCCUAAGUACAUGGAAGAGUUGGUCGGUAGAAUGGUCAGGAACAAGAAGCCACCAUUCUCCAUGAAUCGCUUCACGGGAAUGCUGAUGGUGGGCUACUCCUGGGGUCAAGUUAUGAUGCAUGCCGUUCCACCCGAUGAGUUCUACGGCAUCAACCUCAGAUACCUCAAUAUUCUCAUUCCUCUGGCAGCUAGUAUAGGUGUGUGGACGGUGGGUAACAUUGGUCGCGAACGUGGCACGCUCAAGUGGCCCCUGCUGGCGGCGUAUGCCGCGUAUCCGCUGCGUUACUACGUGUACGAUGAGACUGUGUGGUUCACGCUCAUGGUGCUCGCUGCGUGUCUCGCUUUCGACUCCUUUUCGAAGGAGUGGCGCAGGACGCCGGUUAGGAGGCACUGGGUGAAACGAAUGGCCAUCUUGGGCCUGUGCGCGACCCUGUUCCUGUCUCUGUGGGCCAGCUACCUGUACUUCCACGGCACGAUCACGGACAGCGAGGGCGACGAGGUGCCCAUAUACGAGGCGAUACACCACUUCUUUACUAGCCCUUGGUGGCUAGAUGUGAAGCAGUGCCUCUACGAGACGUAUCAGUACGCGCAGCACCACGGCUGGUACGAGGUUUGGAAGCAGAUCAUCGACCUCUCGGACCCACAUGGCGAACAGAAUGCCUACAAGGUCCUCGGGUUGGGACCGGACGCGAGCCAGCAGGAAAUCACUUCGACGUGGAGACGCCUGUCCCGCGAGCACCAUCCCGACAAAGUGAAGGAGCAGGCUCUGAGGCGGGCCGCACAGGAACGCUUCAUGGAGAUUCAGCAAGCAUACGAGAUCUUGUCCAACAGCAAGCACCGUCGCCACAGGAGGAAUAAGAAAGACAACUCCGAGUAAAGAGGCAGCUAGUGCGCUUUAACCCUUUGAACGCCAUAUAUCAUACAAAAAUCAUACGCCAAGAUCAUGGAAGCAAGCGACUUAAUAUAAAGAGCGAACAAACGAACGAAUUUAUGCACGCUUGGCGUCUAAGGGAUUAAAAAUAACGAUCGCAUCGGAGUUUUGAUGCCAAUGAAGACUUUACAAACCACUUAUAAUCCCAAAAUAUGACGUAUAAGAGUAUUUCCGCAUCUCACAUAAUCGUGAGAAAGUGCAAAGUAAAAUGGAUGGUGCUAUAUCACUUAAUUGUGGCAACUUCUCACGAAAUAUGAACACUGACCGCCAAAGACGUCAACUGACGCGCACGGCAACCGACGCGAUACUGUGUAAUCUAGACCUUUAUCCAUCCUAAUAAGGUUUCCGAUGACGCGUUAUAUUUAACUCCUUGGUCCCACGAACUCGAUAUCGCGUCCGAGAUGACAGUCAGAAUUCAAUUCUACAUUUAAAAGCUCCAGGUCGCUUUUAGUUUUACAAAAUGGAGACCUUUGCCCUUUGACCUUUUCCAGGGGUUAAUAAGCGUGGCGUUCUAAGGGUUAAGUUGUAGUCAAAAUUAAAAAUUCGUCAUAUUUAGCGUUCCGAGUACCCGACACUGCCUUGUUCACCGGACACUUGUCUUAAACUCCGAUUUGGUUGAUCCUUUUGAGAUGUCUGAUUUGAAGGUUAGGUU